AAGGUUACAUGUUCACUUCAAGUAGAAAGGAGCGUGUUCCCAAAUUCUUCCAACUUGGGUUGUCCACCCUUCCCUCCAAAACAUCAGCAGCGAAGUAAUUUCUUCAAUAAGCUUCCUCUAAAUAUACCACCUACUCUUCUUUCUCACCAGCAAAUUAUUGAUGUUCAUGUUAAUAAUCCACGUCUUUCCAGGGCUCUGAGUGGGAACCGUGCAAUUAUUCCAGAUGUUACGCUGCAGCCACUGACUUAUGGAAAUGGCAUUCCAGUAUGUAUUUCUGCAGCCCCCGUGUCAUUCCGAGGAAGAAAGAGACCAAGUGAACAAAGUGUUCCAUAUGAUGUCAAACGACAGCGGUUUCAUUCACUUCAUCAUGAAACAACUGUAGUUAACCAAGCAGUACAUUUACCAGAACAACAUCAGUAUUCCUUCCCAGAUUCAAUUCGGUCUCCACUGUUCCAUGUGCAUUACAUACCAGAUUUAACUGGAUGUGUCCCUCUGUUGCAAGAUACUUCAUUUCCAGAAACCAUGCUCCCUGUGGCAAAAGAUAAGCUAAGUUGGCAGGUUUUGGAGUUGUUUCAAGCAUGUCAGCAACAGACCUGUGACUUGAACAGAAAAGAACUUUGCAGAACAGAACUCCAGAGAGAAAUUCGGCUUAUUUUUCCACAGAGCAGACUCUUUUUGGUUGGGUCCUCACUGAAUGGGUUUGGCACUCGUAGCAGUGAUGGUGACUUGUGCUUGGUUGUUAAAGAAAAACCAGUAAAUCAGAAGACUGAAGCAAGGCAUAUACUCCUCUUAAUCCAAAAACUGUUCACUACUAAACUUUCAAGCUACAUUGAACGACCUCAGCUGAUUCGAGCAAAAGUGCCAAUAGUGAAGUUCAGGGAUAAAGUCAGCUGUGUGGAGUUUGACUUGAAUGUAAACAAUGUCAUAGGAAUAAGAAAUACAUUCCUUCUGAGAACCUAUGCAUACAUUGAGAAUAGAGUUAGUCCAUUAGUACUGGUGGUUAAGAAGUGGGCAAGUUAUCAUGACAUAAAUGAUGCCAGUCGUGGUACUUUAAGCAGCUAUAGUCUUGUGCUGAUGGUUUUGCACUAUUUACAGAGUAAUUUGUCCCUACCUGAACCUAUCCUUCCAUUUCUCCAAAAAAAUUACCCAAUAAGUGAAUGUUUUAAUCCUACUAUGCAGUUGCAUCUUGUUCAUAAAGUUCCACGUACCAUUCCUCAUUAUCUCUCAAAAAAUGGAUCAAGCCUUGGAGAUUUGCUAAUAGGCUUCUUCAAAUAUUAUGCCACAGAAUUUGAUUGGAACCAUCAAAUUAUUUCAGUUCGUGAGGCCAAAGCUGUUCCAUGACCUGAUGGUUUUGAAUGGAGAAACAAAUUUAUUUGUGUAGAAGAGCCCUUUGAUGGGACAAACACUGCUAGAGCUGUACAUGAAAAACAGAAGUUUGAUAUUAUCAAAGAUGAGUUUCUGAAGUUUUGGCAGAUAUUACAAGACGACAAAGACCUGAACUGUAUAUUACCUUUAAGAAUAACCAUACGGAAAAGACAACCAACUUCUUCCAUUUUCUUCUUAUUGGAUCCUGCUGAAAUAAAGAAACAGUAUCAAAAUCAAGAUGCAGUUGCUCCAUGGCUUUUAUGGGGAAAAACGUCAUAAACUUUUGUUAAGGAAAUGUUUAUAGAAAUGAUUGCAUAUUUUAUUAUUGACGUUUGUUAAUACAGGUGUUCAUUCAAAGUUAUGUGUUUUCUGAAAAAGCUUGAAUUGUUGAUUUCUAGAAGAAACUGUUGUGACUCAAAACAGCAGACCACAAGAAUAAAUCUGUUUUAAAGAAAGCAUGGGAAUAUACUAACUUGUUUCUGUGUAAUCAUUAAUUCAGACACAUUUAACCACAAAAUGAAGAAUUUCAGAGCUAAACAGUGUGUCUGUCUGACUGUAUCCUUAAGGCAUUACACACAGAACACACUACUUGAUGAACAGACAGCCCACGCUUUAUAUCUGCUUAAUGCAGUACACACUUUUACUCAACUUGGCAUUUUCCAGUUUUAUUUACCUUUUAUGUGGAACAACAAGCAAAACCUUAUGAAAAUUAAGCUAGAUUAUAGUUGGUAGUGUUCUGGAUACCAAGAACUGUAAUCUAAACUGGAAUUUUCAAGCAGCAGUUCUACUACAAAGAAGUUGAAAUAAAAAAAGGACAAAUCAAUAUAUGUAAAUGCUUCAUGUUCACACAGAGCAGGUAAGAUACUUUUAGUGCUUCCUUUUACAUAUUCAAAGUAGUGAUAUCUAUUUUAAGGAAGAGGGGGGGAGAAACCCCAAAAAAAGCCACAACCCUACCACUGCUACAAUAAGCUGAGCUUGUAUCUUGAUUUUGUGUAAAUAUUUGUAAAUUGGUUAGCUACAGUAAAUUGAAAAGCUAAAUUUUUCAAGAUUACAUAUUUAAAUUCAAAAUAUGUUGAUAUUUUAGACCUGCUGUAGCACAGUUUGUGCCUUGUGUAUUUGUUAUUGAAGACCAAUUAAUUGUUAAAACUGUACUUAUUGUUGAUGUCAAAUCCAUAUUUUCAAUUUUUGUUUAAGAUCUUUGAUGUUCAGUGGAAUAAAGUGCAUAUAUGGAAAAUACACCUUCUUUUUCCAGUUUUAUAUUAUUUUGUACUGGAUAUUUAUAACAUUUCCUCUAAGUAGAAAAGAAAGUGGUAUGUAAAGAUAAGGCCCCUAUUGCAAAUCAUAAACUUCUAUAUGGCUAUUCUGUGCUGCAUAUAUAUACAGGUACGUUACAUAUAUUGCUAUUUCUAACUAUAUUGUGAAAACCCUUAACUGUAAAAUAACAAGCAUUAUCUCUUUUUUGUGCAUACUUUAAGUUCUAAUUUAUUUCAAGUUUUACUGUUUAGAAGUUCUAGGAACUGUAAGCUAUUUGUCUGCUGUGAGGUUACUUAUUACUUCAUGAUCUAGCCUAAGAUUUUUGGCUUGCUUCUUAAAACAGCUUCCUUCUGCAUAUUAAACAGUUUUAAUCUGACUAACAGCCUACUAAAAUGUUCUCCCUUCGUAUAUGUCCCCCCUCCCUGUCUCUCACCUUUAGAAGGUAGUAGAUUUGGUCUUGGUGAAACAUUCACUUUGUCCUGCUUUAUGUAAAAUGCAACCAAAAGCAUUUAGUACAGGAUGAUGUCUGCAUUAAAAAAUGUUCUACAUGGAUUUUGGGGAGAGGGCUGUUUUUUUGUUUUGGUUUUGUGGGGUUUUUUUUAAAGAUGCUGGCUAUUUCUUUGUCUACAAAAUGUAAAACUUUCCCUACAUAGGACAGCUAAUAAGGGACCUACAUGUUUGAACUUGG